AUGUAUGUGGCCUAUCGCAGAUUGCGAUUGCACCGGUGCUUGCGAAAGCAUGCAACGAAGGCGACAGUAUGGCAGUUGCGGAAUGUCGAAAUCCAGCGUGGCUACACAGCUUUCAUCAAGGACCUUGGACGGCGGAGAGCAUGGGCGGCUGCUUUGUCCGUUCUGUCGGAAGCCACGCACCAUGACAUUUCCCCUGGGACGGUGUCGGCCGCGCUGGCGGCAUUCAGCAAGGCCAGCCAGUGGACGUUGGCAUUACAACUCUUCGAGAGCAUGCCAUCCCUCAAGGUCCUUCAAGACGCGGUGGCGCACAACACGACGGCCGCGGCUUGCCUCAAAAGCGGGCACUGGGCCAGAGCUUUGUUCCUGCUGCACAAGGCCUUCCGUGGCAAAAUUCCUCCAACCGUCGUGACCUUCAACACAGCCAUCUCGGCUUGUGAAAAAGGCUUCCAAUGGGAAGGAGCUCUGAAUCUGCUACAGGCAGUCGUUGAGAGCCCGAACUUGCAGCCGAAUGUUGCGACCUGCACGGCAGCGAUGAGUUCCUGCUGUCGAGGCCUUUCUUGGGAGAAGGCCUUGGCCAUUAUGGCUGCCAUGAAAGAUCCGGAUGCACCGCUCCCUCGUCCGGACCUCAUAGCCUACAACACGCUUAUCUCCAGCUGCGAGCGUGCUUCCGCCUGGGAGACAGCCCUCGCAUUGGUGGCAGAUCUCAGCGGAAGCUUGAAGCCCGAUGUAUUUACCCUUGGUGCCUGCCUCGCCGCCUGCCAGCGAUCGCGGCAGUGGCUUUUGGCACUGCACUUGUUGCAAUCUUCCCAGACUGACUGGGCUGUACAUCCUGAUGUGGUGGCCUACAGCGCUGCGAUCAGCGCUUGCUCUGAAGGGGAAGGCUGGGAGGCCGCUUUUCGACUGGCGGAGCAAAUGGCCAAGGACGGUGUCGAGCAAAACCACUUCACAUGCAGUGCCUUGAUCAAAGCCGCUGAGCACGGGAGGCAGUGGGACCUGGCUAUGGAAAUGCUGAGCAGGCAUGAACGCCAAUUCCAUUCGCCUGACCUUGUCAUGUUGAGCAGCAUCAUGGGCGCUUGCGGUGUUUCCUACCAGUGGGCCCGGGCCCUCCAACUCCUCGCACAGCUGCCGCACCGAAGCUUGAGGCCAGACGUCGUGGCAUAUGGGGCGGCCAUUGAUGCAUGUGCGUCAGCGGCACAAUGGCUGCAGGCAGUUGCCCUGCUGGGUGAUCUGCGUUCGGCACGAUUGUCACCCAAUGUUGUGGUUUAUGAGAAGCUGUUUGCAAGCUUCGAGCGCAGCGGAAGUUGGGAACAGGCAAUUGCUCUUCUGGACGAACUUUGUGAUCAGCAGUUGAUGCCUGACGCAAAUACUUGGAGGGCGGUGCUACGAGCCUGCGAGGAGUCGAGUAUGUGGCAAGCUGCCGUGGAACUUGUGGCGGCUAUGCGCCGAAGUUCUCCAAACCACGGCACCUGCAGUCGGUUGAAAAUGAGUGUGCCAACACUGCAUCGCCUUUGA